ACAUCUCACCUCCAUUUACCUUCCGUCCAGCUCGCAAGAUGAUCUUCAAGAGCUUUAGGGAGUACCUGGCCUGGCUGUACUACCAGUACCUGCUCAUCACCGGCAUCUACGUGCUGGAGCCCUGGGAAAAGUCCAUCUUCAGCUCCAUCCUCUUCUCCGCCAUCGCCAUGGCGAUCUACACCUCGUAUGUCUUUGUGCCCAUUCACGUGCGACUCGCACUGGAGUUUUUCUCUGGGAUCUCCGGCGUCCAGCCUGAGAGCACCGUGGCACGAAUGACCUAAAAGAUGGAGAGAAUUUGGAGGAAAAAGAAGCAGCGACAGGUUGGAUGACCUUGAGACUCUCUUUACACCACGGUCCAUCACCGCUGCUCAUCAAGACUGAAAACAUGCAUGUCUUAAGGAGAUGAUCUGGAAAUCCGAGCCUCUUCAUCUUAUUUACAUCCCAACACCUGUGGGCUUACCCCCGGCAUUAGACACACCACUGUACAUCACGUUCACUCCCUCGCGGUGACAUGUUGUUGUUUUACUCUUUCUGCCCACAUGUCCUGCUUACCACCUCUGGUUUUUUGCAUGAUGGGGUCAUACAUGGGUUGCACAUUUGCAUGCUCGCCUGAACAGAAAAUCAGAAUUGAAGCAGCAGACAAUAAAACCCUGGAUCUCAUAGCACAAUACAACUUGAGAGGGUCUUUUGGUAGACCCUCCCUGACUGGUUAAUAUACCCACGUCUUUUAAACCCCACGUUUGGGUUAUUUAUCAGACUUUGCCUAAUGUCUGUUUUUUAUUCGUGCACUGAAUUCACUCUGCUGUCUUAUAAGUGUCUGCAUUCAGAGUAGGCACUUUCUGGAUUAUUUAAUGACCUUAAAAGCUGAUCUAUCAAGGGAGAGUUCUAGAGAAGCCAAAGCAUGCAAUGAAUCUGAAAAGGGUCACGAUCAGGGAUCUGGGAUGCAGUUGUGGAAUUUACUGAUCCACAGAUUAAAGUGAGGA